GCCAAUGUGUACUUUUCGAGGAGAAAUAAUUGUUUCUCUCUCCACGUACCCCACGUUUUGGUGUGUAACUAUGUGACAACUGACAGAACACCAAACAUUAGCAAAGUGUAAGCAAAGUUAUAAACUACUCAGUGGUUAUUAAAUGCAGAGUGCGUUAAAUAAAUCCACAUAGACUCACUUUUUAUCAACAUUAAACAACGCCGCAUUAUUUGAAACAGAAAAGCAAACACUUCAAGUAAACAACAUAACUUUCGCAAGAGUAUGGCAUCAUCUUUGGAAAAUUUAGAAACUCAACUUGAAAUGUUCAUCGAAAAUGUGCGACAAAUCCACAUCAUUGUUAGCGAUUUCCAACCACAGAGCCAGAAUGUGCUCAACCAAAAAUUGUUGGCUCUAGUACAUGGUUUACAAGAAGUAGACAAAUUAAAAUCUCAAGUACAAGAAGUACAUGUACCUUUGGAAGUCUUUGAUUACAUUGAUCAAGGACGUAAUCCUCAAUUAUACACAAAAGACUGCAUUGAAAAAGCUCUGGCUAAAAACGAACAAGUUAAGGGUAAAAUCGACGCCUACCGCAAGUUCAAAGCAAACAUGCUGCUGGAACUAAGCAAGACGUUUCCUAAUGAAUUAAGUAAAUACAGAGCAAUCAGGGGAGAUGAAUAAACAAGUCAAUUACUUUUAUUUAAAAAUAAGUUAUUAUGUUACAAAAAUACAAAUUGUCUUAUCAAAAUGAUUAAACUUAAGUAUUGUAUUC